AUGCCUGAGCUUGCUGAAGUGGGACGCAUUGUACAUUUCAUUCGACAACAUCUUGUUGGAAAGACCUUGUCCAAGGUGCAGGCGAAUCAUGACGAGAUUAUAUAUGGCAAAGUCGGCACAAGCGCGGCGGAAUUCCAGAAGGCCAUGCAAGGAAAGAAAGUGACCGGAGCUGGUCAGCAAGGAAAGUACUUCUGGAUGACAAUGUCUACUCCACCGCACGCGGUGAUGCAUUUCGGAAUGGCGGGCUGGAUGAAGAUCAAGGACCAAGACACGUAUUACUAUCGCUCAGAUAAGCCGGGCGAUCAGGAAUGGCCGCCCAAGUACGCUAAGUUCAUCCUGGAGACAAGCGAAGACCCCCAGACAGAAGCCGCCUUCGUGGACCCGCGUAGGCUGAGCCGCAUUCGCCUGGUGGACUGUCCCGCCGAGGAGAUUCGCAAUCACACCCCUCUCAAGGAGAAUGGUCCUGAUCCUGUUGCCGAUAAGGACAUUGUCAAUGAAGCAUGGUUACGCGACAAGCUCAGGGCCAAGAAAGUUCCAGUGAAGGCGCUGCUGCUUGAUCAAGCAAAUAUAAGCGGCAUCGGAAAUUGGUUAGGAGACGAGAUUCUGUACCACGCCAAGAUCCAUCCAGAGCAGUACAGCAAUACUCUCAGUGAUGAGCAGAUCAAGGAGCUCCACAACUCACUCCAUUACGUCUGCUCCACGGCUAUGGAUGCUCUUGCAGACUCCGAAAAGUUUCCUGAACAUUGGCUCUUCAAGCACCGAUGGGGCAAAGGGAAGAAGGAUCACCCGAAAGCGCUUCCCAACGGAGAUAAGAUCACGUUUAUCACCGUGGGAGGCAGAACAAGUGCGGUAGUUUUGGCGGUUCAGAAGAAGUCCGGUGCGGUUGCGACGGACAACGGCGACGGCGGAGAAUCUGCGAAGCCCAAGCGCAAGAAGCCAGUCAAAGAGGAGGAGGAGGAGGACGAGACUUCUGAUGUUGAUGAGAAACCAGCGCCCAAGGUGCUGAAAUCUAAGGGGCGAGGAAGGUCGUCCAUCAAGAAUGAAGCAAAAGAUGAAGAUGCAGUGAAGGAAGAGUUGCCCCAGGAUACUAGUCCUCCUCGACGUCGAUCUACGCGGUCAAGGAAGUGA